AUGUUCGGGGUCUACCACGAGGGGUCGCUGCAGGGCACCACGCUUCUCACCAGCAUCACCGUGGGGGGGCUGCUGCCAUGCCAACAGUACCAGGCCAAGGUGGAGGCGCUGUGUGGAGACGGCGUGUUCAUGAGCGCCAUGGCGGUCACAGCCCACACGGGGCCUCACGGUGUGUCUGACCUCCGAUAUCACUCCAUCGACUCCACCGCCCGGUGGAUGCCGCACACCACCCACCAGCCAGCUGUGGCCUUUUUCUACGAGCUGUCUCUGGACAACGGCACCACCAUGCUGAGCAGCCGCGUGGCCGACCCGGAGCUGCGGCUUCCGAGGCUGGAGAAAGGGAAGACCUACGUCCUGGACGUGUGGGAGGAAUGUGGCUCGCACUGGGAGUCUGAACGUUCCCUCGUGUGGUUACAGGGAGACGAUUCCUCCGCCGGGCUCCAGAUGAGGGCUGCUGGACAUGUUCCGGACGAAGAGUUGCAGUUUGAUUUCGCCCUUCUGGGUCUCACAAUGGUCGUGCCCUGGUCGCUGCCUGAGGAACUACUGGAUGAAGCGUCGGAACCAAGAGCUAAAAUGGAGAAGAUUUACAAAGAUAAGCUGCAGGAGCUGUUUAAAGACUUCAGCCAGCCAGCCCGCGUGGAGCUGGCCUCCUUUGAGCCUGCAGACGAGCCAGAUAAAACCGAGGUUCAGUUUGUGUCUUUUGGUGCAUCCCAACCUGAAGGAGACGUGCCCCUUUCAAUCGAGGACCAGCUGGAUUACAUUCACACCCUUAAGACUGACACGGUAACGGUCACAGAUGGGGUCAUUUACUGGAACGGUCCAGACCUGUGUGCUUCCUCCAAGCCACCGCCGUGUCCUCGUAACUCUCUGUGCAUCAACACUCUGGGCUCCUACUCCUGCGUGUGCCAUCAUGGCUACUACGACGUGAGCGCCGUCAUCUCGCCUCCCGCGGCCUCCCGUCCAGUCUGCAACGAAAAAGGCCUUUUCAGCCAGUGUCUGGGUAAAAUGGUGACCGGUGGAAUAGCAAAGCCCUACCUGGUGUUAUCCCUCGGGGGGGAGGUUGACGUGAGGCUGAACGACGGGCGGUGCGCUGUGGAUGAGAGCGAGAUGAUGUUCCACUUCCGCACCUCACGAAAAGCCUCCGAAUGUGGAACUCAGAGGCGGGUGAACAAAACCCACAUCCAAUUGCAAAACACUCUGACUGUGACCUUGACCAGACUGCAAACCAUCAGCAGGUGGGAUCCGAAAUUCGUCUGGAAGUGCGUCUACCCACGGCAUUAUGUUCGCAACGCUCAAGUCAGUGUGGACACGGAGUGGCUCGCCUCCAUCUCCCUGAUGGAGUUCAACUCUUCACUGCAGCUGGGCCUGACCAUGACUCUGCACACCAACGAGUCGUUCGCCUCCAGCUACAGGGAUGCCGUAACCAUGGAGCUGGAGGACACCCUGUUCUUCCAGGUGACCCUGCAGACCAACAACUCCUUUGCGUCCGACGUGCUGCUGCAAGUGGAGUCGUGCUGGGCCACCGAGAGCACCGACCCACAGGAUGCGGUCCAGGGUGUUCUUCUUCAGGACGGCUGUGCCGUCGACGACACGUUCCACUGGCUCUCUGUUAACGGCCUGGCACAGACCAGCAGAUUCUCCAUUCAGAUGUUCACCAUGCCCAAAGGGCUGCCGCUCUACAUCCACUGCCAGGCCAACAUCUGUGGACAUGACGAGGACUGCAUCAAGAACUGCAGCAGCCAGCGGCGCCCCAAGAGGUCCGUGAGCCGGGCGGGCAGAGACGGGAAACGGGCCGCUGUUGUGUCUGCUGGACCUCUGCUGGUCCUCAACAGUAGGGGGGCGUCAGCAGGCCCCCCGCCCGACUGGGCUGUGAUCCCUACUGUGGCCGGAUUAAUCGGCUUUUUGGGAGCAACCGUCCUCUCGGUGAGCGUCACCAAAGCCAUCGUGACUUACUAUGAGCGUCUACAGCUGCAAUAA